GUGAACUCGGUCGCCGAGGAAAUGAUCGCCGGCUCGUAGACACGAGCGGGGUUUCUUUCCCUUUAAGAGAUGAGGUGGCAGCGUUUCCAUCCUUCGCUCCUCUCUGCUUGGUGCUGCCAGGUAUCCACGGAGCUUUAACCAUUACAUGUUCGUUCCGCGUGAGAAUCCGCAGCUCUUCAGAACAUGUCGAGCACAGACAACGGCUCAGCAAACUCAGCAGAAGCCAAGAAAGCAGAGAUGAGAAUGAACGAGAAGAAGUGCUCAUGGGCCUCCUACAUGACAAAUUCCCCCACGGUGAUCGUGAUGAUCGGCCUGCCUGCCAGAGGGAAGACCUACAUGUCAAAGAAGCUCACACGGUACCUCAACUGGAUCGGGGUACCCACGAAGGUGUUUAACUUGGGCGUGUACCGCAGAGAGGCCGUCAGAGCUUACAAGUCCUAUGAUUUCUUCCGGCACGACAACGAGGAAGCCAUGAAAAUAAGGAAGCAGUGUGCUCUGGUAGCUCUGCAGGAUGUGAAGGCGUACCUGUUGGCGGAGGGAGGUCAGAUCGCGGUGUUUGACGCAACAAACACAACAAGAGAACGCCGCGACCUCAUUCUGGCCUUUGUGAAGGAGAAUGCAUUCAAGGUGUUCUUUGUGGAGUCGGUGUGUGACGACCCGCAGGUCAUCGCUGCUAAUAUCCUGGAAGUGAAAGUGUCCAGUCCGGAUUACCCCGAGAGGCACAGAGAGAGAGUCAUGGGCGAUUUCCUCAAGCGGAUCGAGUGCUACAAGGUCACUUAUCAACCGCUGGACCCCGACGACUACGACAAGGACCUGUCCUUCAUCAAGGUGAUGAACGUGGGCCGGCGCUUCCUGGUGAACCGCGUGCAGGACUACAUCCAGAGUAAGAUCGUCUACUACCUCAUGAACAUCCACGUGCACUCUCACUCCAUCUACCUGUGCCGGCACGGCGAGAGCGACCACAACGUCGAGGGCCGCAUCGGAGGAGACGCUGAACUUUCUCCUGGAGGGAAACAGUUCGCUCGCGCGCUGCGAGAGUUCGUCGAGGAGCACGACCUGUCGGAUUUGAAGGUGUGGACGAGCCAGCUGAGGAGAACCAUCCAGACGGCGGAGGAGCUGGGCGUCCCUUAUGAGCAGUGGAAGAUACUCAACGAGAUCGACGCAGGCGUGUGUGAGGAGAUGACUUACGAGAUGAUCCAGAACUCGUUCCCCGAGGAGUUCGCUUUGAGGGACCAGGACAAGUACCACUACCGUUACCCCGGAGGGGAGUCCUACCAAGACCUGGUCCAGCGGUUGGAGCCGGUCAUCAUGGAGUUGGAGCGGCAGGGCAACGUGUUGGUCAUCUGCCACCAGGCGGUGAUGCGCUGCCUGCUGGCUUACUUCCUGGACAAGAGUGCAGAAGACCUCCCAUACAUGAAAUGCCCGCUGCACACAAUCCUCAAACUAACCCCCGUUGCAUAUGGGUGUAAAGUGGAGAUGUUUUACCUUAACGUGGAGGCCGUGAACACGCAUCGGGACCGGCCCCUCGACAAAGUCCCGCGGGGCUCUGCUCUCAUACACCGGCGGAAUAGUUACACGCCCUUGUCCAGUCACGACCAGGUCAAGCGCCCCCGGCUCUACAGCGCGGGCAACCAGCCCUGGCUGCCGCUCGCCCCCACCCCGUCGGCUCUGAUGCCAGAGGGACGGCAAAGCCAAGAGUCCCUGUGCGAAGGAAGCGACUUUGACAGCUCCGAAGAAACGGGCAGCUGCGUCCGCUUCUGAGUGAAGACGAAAGCCGCUUUGUUCCAGGCACAGCGUGGUCGACAAUAACGUUGUUCAUGCAUUCAUCCACAGUUUGGGCAAUAAUGGUCAGACUAUAUACUUUUUGGGGCCAUCUAUCGUAACCUCUCUGUUUAACUUGCAUGCCGAGGCUUUGAACAGGAAACCGUGUCAUCAGUACCAUCGACACUUCUGCAUGUGCGACAAAAUCAAUCAAAACCAAAACAACAGGCAACAUCAUCAUUAUAAAUAUUACAAUGCCUUAAUUUAAAGUAUAUUGAUAUAAUUAGCUCUUCUGCAUGAAUGGAACAAGAACAAUUGUGCAUCAUUAUAAUAGAAGACAAUUUUCACUAUUGCAACUAGAAUAUGUUAUAAAGUAGAUGUAGAAAACAUAUUUUUAUAAUAAAAAGAUCCUCAUCUACCAUGCAUAGAGAUGUAGGUCUUAUGAAAUGUAGUCUGAGCCAUCAUCUGUUAAGUCUUAUGUUAUUGAAGAGGUUUAGAUUUGAGAGAAUGUAUUUUCCGAGUUCUGUAGUAAAUCUAAACACUGAAAUGUCUUGUUAAAUAAAUACACAACAUUUCUGGACAUAUUGUGUUUUAGCAGC